AUGGACCCGGGCCCCUCGUCUGCCAGCGCUGACCCGUCCCCGCCAGAGGAGGAGGAAGAGGAGGAGGAGGAGGAGCGCGACAGCAGCACCGGCAGCACGUGGGUGGUCGUGCCGGGGAGCGAGGUGCUGGGUGCCGACGCGCCCAAGGUCGUCGGCUGGGAGGAGCUUCAGCAGGAGCUCGCGCGCCUCUGGAGCCUGUCCGCCGCGCUCGCCGCCGCCAGGGACCGCAAGGCCGGCCUCGCCGCGCGCCUCGAGUCCGCGCUCGAGGCAAGAAAGGCAGUUCUUCAGCAGGAUAAUGAGUUGGCUGAGAUGAGGCAGAGAUUGCAAUCUCAUGCUGAUUUUAUGGGGGAAUUGAGGAUGCAAACGAAGGAAGUGUCUGCAAAUGUUGAGGAUCGAAGGGAGCAGCUUUGCGUCAAGAUCAGGACGCUGACAGUAGCAGACAAAACUGUUGGCGCAGCACAAAGUAAAUUACAGGAACCUUGUAAAUUGCUGUCUGGGGAACGUGGCCAUGGUCGUCUUAAAGGUCUGGAACGAAUGUUACGGAUGAGACAACAAUACAUGAUAGGACAAGUUGCUCAGAUAUAUCCCGUGAGGCCCUUGAAUGAGCAAUCUCCAAUUGUAAAGCCUGGAUUAAACUCUAGUAUCACUAGAACAGGAGUUGGUGAAGCACUGUUGCCCAAUGGUUCCCAAAACGGACAGGCACCUUUGGCCAUUUUGGGACUACAGUUAUCAAAGCUUUCUAUAAAAAAGACCAGCUACUUCAGUGACAAGACAGAGAUUCAAAAGUCUGCUACUCUUCUUGGAUAUGUUGCACAUGCGGUCUCCCUUAUUGCAUCAUAUCUUGAUGUUCCUCUUCGAUAUCCACUACGGUUGGGAGGUUCACAUUCGUAUAUUGUUGAUCAUGCCCCUUCAGUUGACCCAUCUAUAGCCCCAGGAGUAAGUUCUUCUACCCCUUCGAGCACAAGCAUGAGGACAAUGGAAUUCCCUCUGUUUUUUGAAGGACAAGAAACGACAAGAUCAGCAUAUGCUGUAUUCUUGUUAAACAAGCAACCUUAA